AUGGUAGCCAAUACCACUUGCGGAACAGCUUUGCAAGAAGAUCUUCGAAAGUACAGGCAAUCAAAACUCUUGGCAGCACAAGGAAGGAGAAGUUUAAAGAAGUACCGCAAGGAUCCUCUCUUUAAAGAGUUACCGCAAGGACCUUCUCAACUAUCGUGUUCCGCUGAAAACAUUACUGAACGAAGGCGGGACUCGCACAUCCUCCCGAUAAAAGAUAGAAACGAUCACGAAGAGAUCUACACCAGUCUUUUUCGCUCGUCAACACCCCUGUCAAACGCCGUUAUUCCCACUGGAGACAUACCAAUAAGGAUUCUACCUGCCGAAGUAUGCGCCGCAUUUCAGACCAUGAAGGCAGCCACGGCUCCGGGACCAGACCAUGUUUCGGUCAACCUCUUACGAGCUGAAGGACAUCGCCUACACGAGAUACUUGCGGAACAUCUAGCUUCCUCCCUUCAAAAGGAAAGGAUCCGACCA